AAGUUGAGUUUUGUUGCAAAUAAAAAGAAGCAAUGGGAGGUAGUGAUGACAGUGAGAAGGACAUUAUUAAGCAAAUUGCAAUAAACCUCUGUUCAGUUCUCAGCUCAGAAAGGCUAAGAAAAUGGUACCCAGAGGAAGCGAGAGCGGAGUACAAAGAUACGACAUACGAAGACCUUCCGUUCCAUACUUUCAAAUGUAGAUCUGUUGAAGAGUUCAUGGCCAAAUACUUGGGAGAUUAUUUAAUCUUUACUAAGGACGAGCAGGGUAGAUCCAUGGUUCAGGCCAGACCUGAUGAGAAGACGAAUCAUGUGAGCAGUCUCAUAGCAAGGACCAAGUCGAAAUCAAAAAAGAUUAAACGACCGGCAGGCAAGCAGAGCUACCUUAGCCACCACCAGCCAGCUCACAUCAGUCUCUUCAAGAAGGGCAAACCCGGGGGCUACUCCAAGUCCUUGCAGUUGAAGUGGUCCGGGUACACUUCCAACCACUGUAAACCAUUUGGUAGAAGCAGUAACAGUAUAAAUUAUAAUAAUAAUAUUGGAAAUGGUGAUUAUCAAUGUGGGGAUAAUAAUUAUAGAGCUGCUAAUGUUAUGGCUGAAUGGUUCCCAGCAGAUAGUAAAAGCAGAAAUAAUGGUAAUGCUAAGGAGCACGUAAAAGAUUUAAAAAUUAAACUCGAGGAGCAGAAGCAACUACAACGGCGACAGAGACCUCCUCUCCUCUCUAACCCGCCACUCAAUCCUUCCCUUCUUCGUUCUGGCCAGGCUCCUCCUUCGUCAUCAUCUUUAUCACCCAGGAAGACAUUCAACACAUUAUCAGCAACAUCAACGGCAACGACAAUGAGAGCUCUUGCCACUACCAAUUCUACCAAAGGCCUGUCUGUUCACGAUAGGCUGGGCGUCAGGCGAACUACUAAUAAUAAUUAUAAUAAUAUUUUCAGUAAUUAUACUAAUAAUAAAAAUAAUGAUAACAUCAAUAAUAACGGAAGUGGCAAUAAUAAUAAUAACAAUAAAUCCGUCUAUGAUAGGUUGGGUGUCAGUGCCAAAGUUAGGUUGGGUGUUGAUGAUAGUAAUAAUAAUAAUAACAAUAAUAAUAACUUCCUUGAAAAUAAUAACAACAUCAUCAAUAGUAAAAAUUCUGUGCAAGGCUCCUCUUCUCAUGCCAUCAAGAUAAUGAAGAGCAACGACACCUAUAAUGAUGGCAAAAGCUACAAAUCUUUUACUGCUCAUAUUAAUAAUAAUAAAUAUAAUGGAAGUGAUAAUAAUAAUAGUAAUUUUAAUGGCAAUUCUAAAAAUCAUUUUUGGUCCUUAACCAGAACAAUUGACAACGUGGCUAGCAAGAACUCUGACAUCAGUUUGCACGAUAUGACCACUGAUAAGGGGAAUGAUGAUGACAAAAGUUUCAUCAAUGAUGAUGAAGAUGAUGAAAAUUACGACGAUGAUGACACUGAAGAUGAAGUACGAAACAGUAGCCAAUCACCCGAAAGGGGUGACGGUGAUCAUUAUCAUACGAGUUGGCGGGAGAAUGAUAGCAGUAACGAUAGUAGUCGUCGUAGUUCUGUAUCUAAAUGUGGUAAAACUACUAGAAAGGAUUGCAAUUUUGCGGAUGAUGGUAGUCGUUCUGAUGAUUAUGCUAAGUAUGAUGAAGGUGAUGAGAAGGGCAGUGACCUCUGGAUGGUGGAUUCUGAUGAUCAGGAUCUGGAGAGAGAUGCAGAGCUUCUUGUUCAAAAGUUCCAGAAACAGCAAGAACAUCUUCACAAUCACAAACAAACCAAGCAAAAGCAUGAUCCUCCGGAAAAAAAUAAGAAACAUGCUGUCGGUAAACAGCUGACAACUGAAAACAUACCACCAGUCACGAGGUUUCAUUCCACAUCUUCUGCAAAUAUAUGUACCAACAACAGCAACGACAACAUCAACAUCAACAUCAGCAGCAGUAAACAUAUCAGCUACAACAACAGCAGAUCCAGCAUCCAGUCAUCAAUUCUUGCAAUUAUCUGCAUCAUCGUCGGCACAUCAUCAUCUGUUCUUUCAGCAACAUCAAUAUUACCUGAAGAUGAAUUUCUAGAUGUCUUUCCACAGGAUGCACCAACUCCUUCAUGCCCAUCUGCAAUACCACUCGAAGAUACUGUGAUAAUAAAAGAUAUCAGAAGUACCUCUGAAGUGCUUGCCCUCAGAUCUAAUGGACAAUUGGUGACAUUCAGUUUGUGUCAUUUGACUGAUGCCGACUUAAGCGUUGACAUGGAAUAUCUUAAUGUCAUCCUAUUGGAGAGAACGUUCAGGGUGGUCUUCACUCUUGGAUCGGGCAAUGUCUAUGGAACACUGUGGCCCGUCAGUGAGGAUGGUCAGGUGGAGCUGCAGGACCGUGACGUCAACCUGGUCAUCCUCGAAAACAUGCUGACACUGCCCAGCCCUGCCAGCCUGCCUAGGCAAGACCAGGAUGGGAGCGACAGUUUCCAUAGGAUUUAUUACUCCAUCCACGAGAUGAUGAACAUCAGACAGCAUCAUCCAAUUAAACCCAACAGCUUGGUCAGCAGGGUAAUCAAUGAGUAUUUGUUGACUCGUAGCCAACCGUGGAUUCGUAGCCAGGCCAGUCCAGCUGCUGAUCUCGAUUCCUUUUGUAAUACUUCUAGUGCUGAUGUCAGAGGUUGUGAAAGUUUGAAGCGAAAAAUGGGGUUGGCUCUAGUGGUGAAGGUUGAUGAGGUAGAGAAUGUCAGUGGAAAGUUUUGGGUGAAGAUGCUCACCACCAAAGCUGAGCUGCAGGAAGCACGACGUUCAUGCGAUUUGCCAUCUAUCCCCGCUUUGGAGUGCCAACUCUUCCAACUGACACCAGAUGAAGUCGUCUGGUCAAGAACGGCUUCGUUGAAAUUAUUUGAAUUGUUGAAACCGCCGCAGAAGGUGGUACUGAAAAUUUUUGAGAGGUCAAAGGUCGCGGGUAACAUCAUUCUGAAGGUGGACGUCCGAUUGAUGAACGAAAUCACCUACGUUGGAGAUAAGCUGAAAGUCGAUAAGGAGGUCAUCAGACUGUAUGCAAGAAUACCAAAGGCACCGUUGCCAAGUUUUGGAGAGCGCAUAUAUAUCACGCACAUCAGAACGUUUCAGUACUUUCACGCCUUUCCCCACAAGUACCACAAGGAUCUCCGCGAUCUCUUCCAAGGCAUGCAGGUUUAUUACAACGGGAUCAGUCCUGAGGGGGAGAGACCCUCAACGCCGUCUCCACCUCAGUCGGACAUGGCACCAUUCUCACGUCAGCUGACACCCGAUCAACAUCGUAAAAAAUCAACGACGUCCAGUAAAAUUGUGGUCGCUGCACCAGAUUCUCCACAAGUGCCUAUCGAUCUCUUCCAACAUGCCUCCUCUUCAUCAGUGAAGACUUCAACCUCAUCAUCAUCAUCACCAUCUGACGUCAUCGAAUUUGGUCACGUGUAUGCCGUAAAGUCAGAGGAGGAUGGUUUGUGGUAUCGUGGCAAGGUGCUCAAUCUCAAUUACUCCACUACUAAGAAGAUCUUAAUAAACUAUGUGGACUUUGGACAUCAUGAGACGUUCAAUUCCGUCUCGAGGAACAUGAAGUUUCUGAUCGAUGACUUCAGAAGACUUCCCAUGCUGUCAUAUGAAUUCAAGUUGGCCGGUGCGCACAUGCCGGCUAAUCCUUCUGAACGCCAACUCUACAACAGGAUCUGCCACAAAGUCUUCAGAUGUUUUCUAACGGAUUCUAGAGAUCUUCUGAACCCUGCUGUCUUGUUGGAGACCUCACUCAGUCAACUUGAUCACCAUGUUCACGAUGCUGAUGAUGUGCAUGUGCCUUUGCUCGUUCAUUACUGA